CGAUCGAGCCCUCCUUGUAUUUGCUGCGCGCUCUGCCCGGAUAUAAACCGUACCCGUAAUCCUCAACCUUCCGCUCGCUGUCCGCCGCUUUAUUCUCAUCAGAUGCUUGUUUGUUGAUUUUGGCGUUUUCAGGUGUUGGUAUUUUCACGCGCGCGGGCUGCGAGUGUGUGACGUAAAGCCCGAGUGCGCGCAGAGUACGUCACGCUGUCAUGGCGCUGAAGACAAACGGCUGAAUAAAACCUCGCCAUCAUUUCUGAAGAACAGUGAUGUCUGGAAAUAAAGGUGUGGAGCUGCAGGUACAGAUGCGACAGAACGCUGAAGAUCUACAGAACUUCAUGAAGGAGCUGGACAGCUGGGAGGAAGACAUCAAGAGAAAAGAUCAACAACUUUGUGCUGGAAACAUCGACGAAACACAACAGGAAAAUCUCCCACCGGUGAGAAACAAGGAUUAUAAAAAGCCAAAGCAGAGGGUGAAACGUCAGACGAACAGUCAGAAAGAUCAAAAAGAAACCCAGCGAAUCAAAUCUUACGAUUAUCAAGCGUGGGACAAAUUUAAUGUGGAGAAGGUUCUGGAGUCUAUGGACACAGAAGAGAGUCUGAUGCAGUCUAAUGAUUCAGACUCUGAGGGGAUUCAUGUGGACAGAGAUCUGGCACUCACUGAGAAAGAGAAGGGUAAUGAGUUGUUUAAAGGUGGUCAGUAUGACGCAGCGAUCGAGUGCUACACCAGAGGAAUGAACGCAGAUCCAUACAACCCCGUCCUGCCAACAAACAGAGCCGCCUGCUUCAUCAAACUCAAGAAGUUCGCUGUGGCGGAGUCGGACUGUAAUUUAGCCAUCACUCUGGACAGUAAAUACAUGAAAGCUUACGCCAGGAGAGGAGCCGCCCGCACCACACUGAAGAACCAUCAGGGGGCGCUGGACGAUUAUGAGAUGGUUCUGAAACUGGAUCCUGGAAACUUUGAGGCUGAGAAUGAACUGAAGAAACUCAAGCAGCUCUUAGAAUCCAGCGCGCAGACAGCAGAGAAGAGUCAGACAGCUGCGCAGACGCUUGAUCCAGUGAAACUGCAGCAGCUGCAGGAGGAGCAGAGGAAACAGGAAGCUGUCAUGCUUAAAGAUCGAGGUAAUGCAUACUUCAAAGAAGGGAAGUAUGAGGCGGCUGUGGAGUGUUACACUAAAGGGAUAGAAAUAGACAACACAAACGCACUUCUGCCUGCAAACAGAGCCAUGGCUUACCUGAAACUCCACAGGUUCGAUGAGGCUGAAAAGGACUGUGGUGCAGCUCUUGCUCUUGAUAUCACGUACUCGAAAGCUUUGGCCAGACGAGCGACGGCCAGAGCGGCUCUGGGAAGAAUGAGAGAAGCUAUAGAAGAUUAUGAGCAGCUUCUCAAACUAGAGCCUGGAAAUAAACAGGCCGUAACUGAGAUCCAAAAACUCAAAGCGGAGUUGAAGUCGAGCGGUUGUCUGGUUACAGAGGAGAAGAGAAUCAUCCAGCCGAUCAACAAACCUGAACAUCUCAGAUCAACUAAACCCUUGAGGAGGAUUGACAUUCAGGAGGUGGGUGAGAUGUCACGUGUGUCUGAAUCAUCUGCCGUCUCAUCACCUCAUCACAAGAUCCAGAAGAUCUCAGACGCUCUCCAUGAGUCCAGAAAUACUGAAUGUGAGAAUGACAGAAGUGCAGAUGACGGGAAUCCAUCAGAUGAAUGUGUUCCUCCACCGCCCGCUAACAGUUUCCAGCUGGAGGCCGACCUGAGGAAGAUCAGCGCUUACCCACAAUCCACCUACAGAUAUUUAAAGCAAAUCAGUCCAGACGUUUAUCCGAAGAUCUUCCAGAACUCUCUGGAGCCUGACAUUCUUAAUCAAAUCCUCAAGACAUUUCACACCUUUUACAUUCAACAUGAAGACGCGUCUGUUCUGCUGGACGCCCUGAGAAACCUGACACGUGUCAAGAGAUUUAAUAUGGCCGUCAUGUUCAUGUCAUCUGAUGAGAAGAGAGUGGUACAGGAGCUGUUUGAUUGGAUUCACCGCUCCGGUCUGGAAGAUGAUUCCGUUAAAGACUUGAAGAAGAAAUAUGGCCUCUGACCUUUGACCUCUGCUCACGGGCAUGACUGAUGUUUGACGUCACUGUCUUGUCUGAGAUAACAAAUGAUUGAAUGUGAUUGGCUGAUCAUUAAAUGUGCUUUAAUAUCUCA